CCAUGAACCUCUGUUUUUCUUCGUCUCUUUCGCAGCCCUAGAACCUUCUUGAGAGAACCCCUUUUUGUAUUCUUUAGCUUUCUCUCUCUAGAAGAAUUUCUCUUUUUUCCCCUCUCUCUCUCUCUGAAGUAGUAUGGCUUCACAAGCUAGUCUUCUCCUUCAGAAACAACUUAAGGAUCUCUGUAAACACCCAGUUGAUGGAUUUUCGGCUGGUUUGGUUGAUGAAAGCAACUUGUUUGAAUGGAGUGUCACCAUUAUUGGACCUCAAGAUACUUUAUAUGAAGGGGGUUUCUUUAAUGCUAUCAUGAGCUUUCCUGAAAAUUAUCCCAACAGUCCUCCAACUGUAAGGUUUACCACAGAGAUCUGGCAUCCAAAUGUUUACUCUGAUGGGAAGGUUUGCAUCUCAAUUCUUCACCCCCCUGGUGAUGAUCCAAAUGGCUAUGAGUGUGCUAAUGAGCGUUGGUCUCCUGUCCACACGGUGGAGAGUAUAAUUUUGAGCAUCAUAUCCAUGCUUUCAAGUCCUAAUGAUGAGUCCCCUGCUAACGUGGAAGCUGCUAAGGAAUGGAGGGAAAAAAGGGAUGAAUUCAAGAAAAGGGUCAGUCGUUGUGUAAGACGGUCACAAGAAAUGUAGUGAACACAGAAAUGUACCAAUGCAUUUUAUGAUAAAGCUAAGAAAAUGGCUUAUCAUCGUUCUUUUGGCUGGAUGUUUCGUUGCUACAAAGUGUAGAAUUUGUCAACCGUUAGACAUUGUGUAUUGUGCCUUUCUAGUCUUACUUUGAAGGUUCAUUGCCAGUUAUAUUUCUUGAAAAAACUUUAUAGGUUGCUGAACUUUGUGAUCUUUGGCCUUAUCUUUUUUUUUGAUGUUAUAUCAAGCUUUAUGUCUCUUCCACCCCAUAAGUGAAAGAAGGCACAUUAAUGAAAAAAAGUGGAUGGGUUGAUAUUUGGUUGUAAUAUCAAGUCAUAUUUUCCCAUUGUAA